GAGCUUUAAAGCCGUCGAGGGCACGCGGUGGCUCCUCACUUCCUGGUCGAAGAUGGCGGAUGAGAAUGAGACAGCACCGAUGCCGGAGAAAGAAGAUGUAGAGGACCACGGACACUGCAGCGACUGUGAAAAUGAAGAGCACCAUUCUGACGAUGGUGACAGGGGUCUGGGUGACGACACUGGCGCCAAGAAGAAGAAAAAGAAGCAGAAAAAGAAGAAGAAAUCUGCUGCCACAGAAGCAGUUCAGGACCCUCUUGCCAAGGUGAAUUCAUUGCCAGCUGAUAAGCUACAGGAGAUCCAAAAGGCCAUUGAACUGUUCUCUGUCGGCCAAGGCCCUGCCAAAACCAUGGAGGAGGCAACUCGUAGGAGUUACCAAUUCUGGGACACGCAGCCUGUUCCCAAGCUAGGGGAGACCGUGACAUCACAUGGCUCCAUUGAACCUGACAAAGACAAUAUUCGCGAGGAGCCCUACAGCCUCCCGCAGGGCUUCAGCUGGGACACCCUCGACUUGGGGGACGCUGGUGUGCUCAAGGAGCUUUACACCCUUCUCAAUGAGAAUUACGUUGAAGAUGACGACAACAUGUUCCGAUUCGACUACUCCCCUGAGUUCCUGCUCUGGGCCCUGCGGCCCCCUGGAUGGUUGCCCCAGUGGCAUUGUGGGGUGAGGGUUAACUCCAACCAGAAGCUGGUAGGCUUCAUCAGCGCCAUUCCUGCCUCCAUCUGCAUCUACGACAUAGAAAAGAAAAUGGUUGAGAUCAAUUUCCUCUGCGUCCACAAGAAGCUUCGCUCCAAACGAGUUGCUCCGGUUCUGAUCAGAGAAAUCACCAGACGGGUCAACCUGCAGGGAAUCUUUCAGGCUGUUUACACUGCUGGAGUGGUACUGCCCAAACCUGUGGGCACAUGCAGGUACUGGCAUCGCUCUUUGAACCCACGCAAACUAAUCGAGGUGAAGUUCUCCCACUUGAGCAGAAACAUGACUAUGCAGCGCACCAUGAAGUUGUACCGUCUGCCUGAGGCUCCCAAGACUUCAGGUCUGCGGACGAUGACCAAAAAGGAUGUGCCGCUGGUGCAUCGCCUUCUCCGUGAGUACCUGAGCCAGUUCAACCUGGUGCCCGCCAUGAACCCGGAAGAGGUAGAACACUGGCUGCUGCCCCGGGAGAAUAUUAUCGACACUUACCUCGUGGAGAACGAUGGCAAGGUAACGGAUUUCCUGAGUUUCUACACACUGCCCUCUACCAUUAUGAACCACCCUUUGCACCGCAGUCUAAAAGCAGCGUACUCCUUCUACAACGUGCACACCACCACCACCCUGCUCGACCUGAUGUCUGAUGCCCUCAUCCUGGCUAAAUCGAAAGGGUUUGACGUCUUCAAUGCACUGGAUCUAAUGGAAAACAAGACUUUCUUGGAGAAGCUUAAGUUUGGCAUCGGUGAUGGAAAUCUACAGUAUUAUCUGUACAAUUGGAAGUGUCCCAGCAUGGGAUCGGAAAAGGUUGGGUUGGUACUGCAGUGACAUCCCUUUAUGCCAUACACAAGUGUCACCAACAGACCAGGAGACGGCAACAUCGCACUGACCACCUGACAGAUGGACUGAUGACUUCCUGCUUCAGGAAAGGAAACCCCACCGCCCAUUUUUACUUUUUGACCUUUUGAACUUUGACCUGCACUACCGCUGCCAGGCAGGGAGGCAGGGAGAGUUUUCCUGCUCUUCCUCCUCCCUUGAUCACAUGGACCUUAAGCCAUUGUUACCAUCCCAAACAACUGUAUUUCAUCUGAGAGCUGUCUUGUAGCAAACACGCGUACACACAAGAACAGUUUGUACAGAUAACUGUAUAUCACAAACUCACUGUUGGCAUACCUCCAAAACAUUCAAUACAUGUAAAUAAUAUCAAACAUUACUGCGGAUUAUGCUCUAACACAUACAGACUAGAACCUACUGGGGUUGUUUUUUUUGUUUUUUUAUUCCUUAAUGUUGGAAGUUCUUUUUGCAAUUAAAAGAAAUCUGUCAUCCUUAAGUUUUAGAAAAAAAUAGAAAAAUAAUCUAAAUGAUCAAAAAAUAUUUUAAAGAGGAAAAGGCUCAAAGGUGAGGUAAUAAAUACCAAAAGUGGUCACCAGA